GCUUUUUUCAAAAUGUCGAAUAUGGAGUGCAGGGACGUGAAUAAUGAGUACUUGCGCGAGAAGGUUUGCCGCUUGAAAGCAGUUAAACGCGAUACUGUUGAGGCCAGCAUUCGCUUUCAAAUUCUAAAAACUGUGGAAAAUUUCAAUUUGCACAUUGAACUUCUGCGUAAGUACAAUACCUACCAGCCAUUUUUCAUCAAUCGCACCUUUGAUGUCUGCGAAUUUCAGCGUAAAGGUCAAAAUGCUCUGUACUUAAACAUACUCUACAAAUUGAUCGAGAAGUAUUCGAAUGUGAAUCACUCGUGUCCAUAUGAGGGAGAAUUUAUCCUCGAGCGCUUCAGGCCGUCACAUAAUAAUUUGAUUUUACCCAUUCCCAGCGGUGACUACCUCAUUAAGUUUGGGUUUUAUACCUCCAAUAUUUUGAUGGCCCAUUUAUAUGUAUGGUUUGGCUUCAAAGAAUUGGAAAGAUGGGAAGUUGGCAAAGAAGGUGUCUCCCCCAAAAGUUUGAAAACAAAUUUUCAUGCUUAAUUGCUUUGAGAAAUGAAAA